AUGAGUUCCAAGAAGCGGGCGCUGAACUUCGACUCUGUUGAAAGAGAUGCCUUGCGCCAGUGUGUCAAGGCUCACGAAAUGAUAUUAGAAAACAAGAAAACGGACACCACAAGCAACAAGAUGAAGAUCGCUGCAUGGGAGGAUAUUGUUCCUAAGAUGAAAGCCAUCACUGGAAAGGAUCGAUCAUCUGGACAGCUGAAAGGCCUCUGGGAGAGAAUGAAGACAGAAGCGAGGAAGAAAGUUGAUCAACACAAAAAACAGAUGCGCCUGACGGGUGGCGGCGAACAUCCCCCUUCACCUUCUGAUGACGAUUACCGAGUGGGAGACUACGUUGGUGUCAUCGCGAAACAGAUGAACAAUCUCUUCGACAGUGAUGCGGGAGAUAAUGAACCUCAAGCAGGGGCAACAUCAGGAAUAUCGACACCAAGACCAGCGACGCUUGCGGCAAGCAGUGAAGUGUAUGCCACGUCCCGCGACAGGAAUCAGUCAUCUGUUCAGGAGCAGAGGGGGAAGAGGCCACGUGCUUCAACCUCUCUGAUAUCUUGUGAGCUGCUUCUCAUGGAGCAGGCAGCUGAAAAACACCAGAUUGAAGUGGAUAUUCUGAAUCUCAAGAAAGAAGUCCUGCAGCUGAAAAAAAAGAAAUUGGAAGCACAACUGAAAAUCAUGGAGAAAAAAGAAGUGGAAAAUGCCCAAAUUCCAAGGACGGAUCCAGCUCUGACUCAAAAUCCCAUUCAGUGGCAACUGCAGCAGCUGUAG